AUGAUAAUGGUCCAACGUCCAACGCUUUCAAAAGAGGAGGUGGAAAAGGUUUGGACACUGAGACUUGCGUUUCAACUAGCCAGCGAGCUCUUCCAACAAAACCUAACUCUUGUGAAAUGGAAUUCCAUCAAACUCAGGGACCUUCAAGACCUUCUUGCUCGACAAUAUAUGACCUAUUCGGAAUGUGUCAGAGACAUGCGUCUGCGUCAAAACCUUCCAAUUGGUGAUAUGGUUAAGAACUACUUCAAACAGCUGGACGACUUUCUUUCACGUGAGAGUUUCAGCUUGUGCUCAUGGGAGGUCGUGAGAACUGAAAUGGGGAGCAUCCUGAGGGAUUUUUACAAGAAAUCAAAAAUGCCAAGAAAACACGUGUGA